GACGGAGACGCCUGCUCUUCCUUGCCCAGCGCUUCCUUGGCUCCCGCGGCGCCGGACGGACCGCGCCGGAGGUUCAGCCAUGGCCGUGGUGUUCUCCUACGAGAGCUUGGUCCAUGCUGUGGCGGGGGCUGUGGGUAGCAUGACUGCAAUGACUGUGUUUUUCCCACUGGAUACAGCUAGACUAAGACUUCAAGUUGAUGAAAAACGCAAAUCUAAAAGAACACACAAAGUUCUCUUGGAGAUAAUAAAAGAAGAGGGCCUGCUGGCACCAUAUCGAGGGUGGUUUCCUGUCAUCUCCAGCCUUUGUUGUUCCAACUUUGUCUAUUUCUAUACAUUUAACAGUUUAAAAGCUGUUUGGGUCAAAGGACAUCAUUCAACCACAGGAAAAGACUUGAUUCUUGGGGUGGUUGCAGGUAUUGUGAAUGUAUUGUUGACUACUCCACUCUGGGUAGUGAAUACACGCCUGAAACUCCAGGGGGCCAAAUUCAGAAAUGAAGACAUUGUGCCGACUAACUACAAAGGCGUUGCAGAUGCCUUUCAUCAAAUAAUAAGAGAUGAAGGAAUCUCAGCUUUGUGGAAUGGUACUUUUCCUUCGCUGCUACUGGUAUUCAAUCCUGCCAUACAGUUCAUGUUCUAUGAAGGGCUUAAGAGGAAGAUUCUGAAGAGGCAACUGCAGCUUUCUUCGCUAGAUGCAUUUGUUAUUGGAGCAGUAGCCAAAGCGAUUGCUACUACCCUCACUUACCCUAUGCAGACAGUACAGUCAAUCUUACGGUUUGGACGUCACCAGCUGAACCCAGAAAACAGGAGACUAGGCAGCCUUAAGAAUGUUAUCUACCUUCUUCGACAGAGAAUAAAGCGUUUUGGAUUAUUAGGUCUCUACAAAGGCCUUGAAGCAAAGCUGCUCCAAACAGUCCUCACUGCUGCACUGAUGUUCCUGGUCUAUGAAAAAAUUACUGCUGCUACUUUCACAGUCAUGGGAUUAAAACGUUCACUUAGGAACUGAAGUCUGGGCCUCCACAACACAUUAAACUCAGGGAAAGAAAGAAACAACUGGGUGCCAUGGAAGCUUUCUCUCAAAGGCUACAGGACUCUUCCGCUGUGUACUUACUCUCAGAGCUUCAGAAUGUACCUGAAGGGGAAGCUUGAACAGUAAUCUGAAACUCUGCACUGUCAGUGACCGUAUGAUGGCUUGACCAUCUUUCUCUGCAGCUAUUUUGAUUAGGAAGCAAACUGGAAAAUAAAAUUUCACUAUUGA